AUGGGAUUGCCAUUGCCCGACAAACUGCAAGUCCAGCUCCACGUUAAGGUUGGGCAGCCAUACACGAAUCCGGGAACGCUGUCUCUGGCUUGCUUUGUCAAGACUUUGCGUUAA